AGUGCUCUUGUGAUUAAUGACCCUGGGCAUAUUUUACACGUUUUUGUUUGAGGGACAUUCAAUGCAGAGCUUGUUUUCGUUCUUUAUUUUUUUACUUUUUUUGCCCCAUUCAUGCGCGUGGUGUGACGUCACCUACAAGGUUCCACCCGAGUACUUUUCAUGCAACCUCUAACAGAACUCUGGGGAGAGGAGUCAGAGGUGAGAAUGAUGGAAGACUCUCGGCACAUGGUAGAGGAGGUGUUGGCUCUUUGUCUUCAGAGGAUCACUGUGGAGGAAACCAACAUGAACACUGAGCGCGAGUUCAUACAAGUGGUGAAGAACGUGGAGGCUGUGAGGAAGCGAUGGCUUUAUGCCGAGAUGGAACUGAAGAAAUACAAAGAGCUGCUAGUUAAGUCGGACGUCGCCAAAGCUGCUCUGGAAGUCAAACUGAAACACGCUCGAAACCAGCUAGACGUGGAGAUGAGGAAACGCUACAAGAUGGAAGGAGACUAUCACUACCUGCAGAGGCAGAUGCAACUCAUGUGUGACAUCCUGGUCCACGACAGCAGAUCCAGUGCCUGUCUGAAUGCUGAGCAGAAAUCUCUUUGGGCCACAUUUGAACACAAAGGAGGAAAUGUGACUCUGCACCGACGCAGCAAACGGUUGUGUGUGAUUGAUGAGUCAUCUUUCCUAUCCCACUCGGACAUCAGCUACGACAGGACUGAUGAUGACGUGGAUGUGGACACAACUACUACUAUCAAACCCCUGAGAUCCCGAGCCAGAGAGAGGAGGCGCUCCUCCAUGGGACUGACCGUCACCGCUCCAUCUGGGAGAGGAAAAAGCGGAAAUGUUUCUGCAGAGCUGCUGGAGAUGAAACCUAUAGAGGAGGUCAACACGUUGAUGAAGGAGCUGCUUAAGACUCCCGAGACUGGCAAUAACAUCGCCAUGAGGACUGGAAUCCCACGAGAGAACCCUGAGAACCUGGUCUAUUCCGUGGAGUGUGCCAGCUCAGCCACAGGAGACCAAACCUCUGUCUGGUUUCCCUGUGAUGAGACCACGCUGGAACCUGAAGGUGAAGCAAAGCUGGAGAGAUGUGCUGUUAGAGCAUUGUCCGCCUGCAGAGAGGAGAAAACCACAGCCCAUGUCUUCCUUUCUAAAACUGUGAUCCGGCCCGAGAUGUGCCUGCCCUGUGGGAAAAGACUACGCUUUGGAAAGAUGGCAGUGAAGUGCAGGAACUGCCGCACUAUCGCUCAUCCAGAGUGCAAACUGAAGUUGAGUGACCGCUGCUCGGCCACAACCCUGACAGGAAGUUCAGCUCAGCAGAAUUCGUUGGAGGAUUUUGCCCCUGUCACCAACCCCCGAGUUCCUCUUCUGAUUGUGGACUGUGUGACUGAGAUUGAGAGAAGAGGCCUGGACGAGAGAGGACUGUACAGAGUUCCUGGAGGAGAGCGUCUAGUGAAGGAACUCCGAGAACGAUUCAUCCAGAGGAAAACUCCGCUCAUGCUCAAUAAGGUCCAUGACAUUCACGUGCUGUGUGGCCUGCUGAAAGACUUCUUGAGGAAACUCGAGGAGCCUCUGAUCCCCUUCAGACUGCACAAGACCUUCAUGGAGGCUUCAGAGCUGGCUGAUGAAGAUAACAGCACUGCCAUAAUGUAUCGGGCCAUCUCAGAGCUGCCAGUGGUCAACCGACACACACUGGCGUUUCUCAUGCUUCACUUGCAGAAGGUUAUGAGGAGUCCUCUGUGUCAGAUGGACAGGAAUAACUUGUCCAGGGUGUUUGGACCAACUAUUGUGGGACAUGGGAUGUCUGAGCCCACUUCCACAACCAUCUUGAGAGACAUAAACACUCAACCAAAGUGUUGUAUUUGGCCUGCUGCUGUUCCUCAGGUUGUUUGCCACAUGUUGUCCCUCCCUGAAGCCUACUGGAGACGUAUCCUCACUGUCCAGACCGAUAAGAUCUCCUCAUCCACCACUAAAACCCACAGCAUGGAUGAUGCAAAUGUUCGGUUGUUUGAGCCAUUAACGUCUCCAGAGUUAAACGGCUACAACCAAAUUCCCAGCAGAAAAACUCUGAGAGGCAGAACAAGGAACCCUGGCAACAUCCCAACCACCAUAAGUCGAGCAGAAGGAGGGUGGAGGUUCUUUACCUCCCCCAAUUGAUCAGCUGACCUGAACCACAUCCAGACCAGACAGUCUAUACAUAUUUGUAAUCCUAUACAUAAUCUGUUCUUACCCAUAUGAUACUGUGGCCAGGGGGUAGUACCUUCUCAAUAUUGUGUGUGCAGUCGGUACUACCUGCUAAUUUAAUGUUGUUGUCCUCAAUAUGUGGUCUUCUCUCACAGUUCCAGAAGUCUGAAGAACCAGUCAAAGGACUUUUCUCUCUGCCGUCUGCUGUAAUGAAUGAAAUGUAAAUCUUAGUGUAUUUAAAUAACUGUUGUAAAACAAGCAUUGGUUUCAAAAUAGUAAUUGUAAUAUUUAUUUUUAAUAAAAUAAAUGAAAUAAAUAAAAAGACUAAUUUUAAAUGAUUGUAUAAUGAAGACAUUUGAAAUAAACUGAAUAAACUAUUUGAUCUGAAAA